UUUCUCUAUGUUGACAGAAAUCCAGGAAUAAUAAACAAAUUGAAUUUUACACUUUGAAGACUUAUAUUCUCUUCCUGCAUGAAUAAGAUAUACAUCAAAUCUAGAAGAUAGUAUUUCUUAUGCUUUUUUGUUUUACUUUACACACCUAUAUUAGGAGGAAGCUGAUGUGUUAAAAAGAAUAACAGUUAUCUGGUAUUCUUAUCACAGUAUUGUUUUCAUAAUUGUUUCCUUGGGCUCAGCAAAGAUUAGAGAGAAAGUUCUAGUCAUUUGAGGGAGAAUAAGGUUUCAGAUAAAGUCUAUAACAUUAUGUGUGUAUGCAUGUGUAUGGGUAUGUGUGGUCAGAAUGCAAAGAGAAGAGAAUUAUAUACUAACUUAUAUUUUAGAGUGACUUAAUCCCUUGCUGCUGUGAUUAUAGGAAUGGAGAAUAAGAAAAAGUCUUUGCUUAUAGUCCUGAAGGGGGGAUAUGUCAUUGGUGCACCAACUUCCCAGAGCGGAACUUGGAUUGUAUUCAUUACCUCCAGAAACAAUGUUAUAAAUGAUGGCUCUGUUCCCAGACCAGUCACAAAAGCCUAUUUAAACUGUAAUUUUGCUGAAAUAGCAGCUUACUUUGUAAUAGUUGACAGUAUCGUUGGUGAAGCAAGACAUGGACAUAUGAAACACAGAACUGAUGGUACUAUUUUAGCCCAAGGACUUUGGCUCUAAAGCCAAUCUGCUCUCUCCUGCUUCCAAAUUCACCAGAAAGUAGAAAAAGAGGGUCAUCUAUUAAUUCAUCAUUGAAUGUAAGAGAUAGACUUUGUGGACCAGGAAUAGGAGCCAUAUUUUCAUUUUUAAGAAAUCUCCUUUUUCCUCUGAGGACUGCUUUAGCAGUAUCCACGUUAAAUUGGCUGGUAGCAACUUGCUUUUGUUCAUUCACCAUUUUGAUGCCAGAAGUACUGUGGACCCCUGUCUGACUGAUGAUUUAGCACACUCCAACUCAGAACUCCUAAGCUCAAGCAAUCUAUCUGUCUUAAUUUAUAAGAAUAUAGUUGUGAGGGAGUGAAGACCAAGAUGAAUGGACAUGUUUCCAACCAUCCCAGUGGCUUUGGAAGUUACCCUUCUCAAGUGAAUGGUUAUGGAUCACCAACAUUUCCCCAGAUGGACAGAGAUCAUAGCUCCAAAACAAGUGCAAAGGCUCUUUAUGAACAACGAAAGAAUUAUGCCCGAGACAGCAUCAGCAGCAUGUCAGAUAUAACUCAGUAUCGUGUUGAACACUUGACUACUUUUGUUUUGGAUCGUAAAGAGGCUAUGAUAACAGUAGAAGAUGGAAUAAGAAAGCUGAAAUUGCUUGAUGCCAAGGGCAAAGUAUGGACUCAGGAUAUGAUUCUCCAAGUUGAUGACAGAGCUGUGAGUUUGAUUGAUUUGGAGUCAAAGAAUGAAUUGGAAAAUUUCCCUUUAAACACAAUUCAACACUGCCAAGCCAUGAUGAAUACAUGUAACUAUGAUUCAAUUCUUGCUCUGAUAUGCAAAGAACCAACUCAGAGCAAACCAGAUCUUCAUCUUUUCCAAUGUGAUGAGAUUAAGGCAAAUCUAAUUGAUGAAGACAUUGAAAGUGCAAUUAAUGACAGUAAAGGAGGAAAGCAGAAGAGGCGGCCCGAUGUACUAAGAAUGAUUGCAAAAUCUGAUAGCAAUAUUCCUCCUCCACCAAGAGCUCCUGCCCCUGUUCCCCCAGGGACUAUUACACAGGUGGAUGUUCGAAGUCGUGUUGCUGCCUGGUCAGCUUGGGCAGCUGAUCAAGGAGACUUUGAAAAACCCAGGCAUUAUCAUGAACAUGAAGAAACAGCUGAGAUGAUGGCAGCCAGAAUCGACAGGGAUGUUCAAAUUUUAAAUCAUAUUUUGGAUGACAUUGAAUUUUUUAUCACCAAACUUCAAAAAGCAGCUGAAGCAUUCUCUGAGCUUUCCAAAAGGAAAAGGACCAAGAAAAACAAAAGGAAAGGCCCAGGGGAGGGUGUAUUAACACUCCGGGCAAAACCACCACCUCCUGAUGAAUUCGUUGACUGCUUCCAAAAGUUUAAGCAUGGCUUUAACCUCCUGGCAAAACUGAAGUCUCACAUCCAGAAUCCUAGUGCUGCAGAUUUGGUCCAUUUUUUGUAUACGCCAUUAAACAUGGUGGUACAGGCAACUGGUGGUCCUGAACUUGCCAGUACAGUACUCAGCCCUCUUUUGACCAAGGAUGCAAUUGAUUUCUUAAAUCAGACUGUCAAUGUUGAAGAAAGGCAGCUGUGGUUGUCACUGGGAGAAACAUGGAUUAAACCCAGAGCGGAGUGGCCCAAAGAACAGUUUAUUCCACCUUAUGUACCACGGUUCCGAAAUGGUUGGGAGCCUCCUAUGCUGAACUUCAUGGGAGCACCAAUGGACCAAGACCUUUAUCAGUUGGCUGAAUCUGUGGCAAAUGUAGCAGAACAUCAGCGUAAGCAAGAAAUGAAAAGAUUAUCUGCAGAGCAUUCUCAUGUACCAGAGCAUCCUCCACCUGAUGGGUACGCAUUCAAUAAUACAGUUUACAAAAGAGGGCCUCUGCCGGACCAAGGGGAAGCUGCCCUUGCUUUUAAGCAAACUUAUAAUCACCAUGUAGAUAGGAAUUAUGACCUACUCAAACCCCCUCCCAAGAAAUAUGCCAAAUCCAAGUAUGACUUUGUGGCCAGGAACAGCAGUGAGCUUUCAGUAAUGAAGGAUGACAUAUUAGAGAUUCUUGAUGAUAGAAAACAAUGGUGGAAAGUUCGCAGUGCAAGUGGAGACUCUGGAUUUGUGCCAAAUAAUAUUUUAGAUAUCAUGAGACCUCAAGAGCCUGGAUUAGGGCGUGCUGACCCACCUUAUACUCAUACUAUACAGAAACAAAGGAUGGACUAUGGUCCCAGACCCACUGACACUCCUUCAGCUCCUUCACCACCUCCUCCAGUACCAGCAUCAGCCCCUGUCCCUCUUCCUCCAUCUGUACCCGCUCCUAUUAAUGUGUCAAAAGUACCAGCAAAUAUAACUCGCCAGAACAGCAACUCCAGUGACAGUGGAAGCAGCAUUGUCCGAGACAGCCAGAGACAUAAGCAACUUCCUGCAGAUCGAAGGAAAUCUCAGAUGGAAGAAGUACAAGAUGAACUUAUUCACAGACUGACCAUCGGUCGGAGUGCUGCCCAGAAAAAAUUCCACGUGCCACGACAGAAUGUGCCCGUUGUCAAUAUCACUUAUGAUUCCACACCAGAGGAUGUGAAGAUGUGGUUACAGUCGAAGGGAUUCAAUCCAGUUACUGUCAAUAGCCUUGGAGUGCUGAGUGGGGCACAACUUUUCUCUCUCAAUAAAGAUGAACUGAGGACUGUUUGCCCUGAAGGGCCCAGAGUCUUUAGCCAAAUUACUGUGCAAAAAGCUGCAUUAGAGGAUAACAGUGGGAGCUCUGAGCUCCAAGAAAUCAUGAGAAGACGACAAGAAAAAAUUAGUGCAGCUGCCAGUGAUUCAGGAGUGGAAUCUUUUGAUGAAGGAAACAGUCACUAAUCAUUUUUUAACUCCGAUGUUCUUGGCAUUAUUCCAAAAUGUUUUGUUUUAGGAAGCCAUGAAGGGAAUGUCAUGUUGUUAUUUUUCGGUACACAUCAUUUUUUGCCAUAAAGGAACAAUGAAAAUCUGAGUCAGCAGCUGGGUGUGCCACUGGGCUUAUUUGUUUUAUGUGUAUAUAUAUAUAAAUAUAUAUAUAUACACAGCCACAUACAUACAUACAUAAAACAAAAAAGCUUAAAACAGAUUUUUUUUAAACUACAAAAAUCUUUCAUUCAUCCAGCCACACGAGAGUUGUGUUGUUCGAUGGAUUAUUUCAUUCCCUCUCAAACAAUGAAGCAGCCAUAUUUCAUAGCUUUGGAUUUGUGACAACAAAGCAGAGACAGUAGUAAAUUGUACAUGGCUUUUAAUUCAAAUCGUUUAAAUUUAGUCUGUCAUGGUGAUGUCUGUGAUACCGAGUGUUUGCUUUCUUUAGUUUGGCCUCAGCUCACUCAGGUCUCUAAUCUCACAUGUUCAGUGACAGGAUGUACAGAUUUAUUUCAAGUUCUUAAUGCCAACCUCUGAAAGAUGAAACGUUUGAACUAACUGAAAAGUGCAACAAGGCCUCUGAUAAAUAGAUAGAAUUUUUCGUGAGGCGUUUUGUUUGUCAUGACUCUGUUGAUAACACAGUCUGUAUAGCCUGUUUUUUUUUUAUUUAGUUCCUCUUUCAUUGAUUACAAAUCAUGUUAUAUGAAAAAGCACAAGAGGAAAAUGUAGACACAAAUACACACAUGCAACAAAAAGAACACUUAAAGAAAUAUCCAGAAAAUGUUUUGAUGUUUAUCGCAGUAUUUUUCUUAAAGUGAAAGCUUCCAUUUUUUUUUAUUUGAAAAGAAUAGUGUAAAAAAAAAAAGGAAAUCGGGGCCAUUUUAGGUGUUGAACUGUGUCAAGUUUUCUUUCUGAAAGAAAGUAUUUAAUUUAUAUAUGUUUUAAUUCUAGAUAAAGAGAGAAGAAAUUUUAAAAAAAACGUAGUACCCAGUAAAUGUUAUUUUUGGAAACAAUGAUUUUUGUCACUAAAUGUUCUAUUGUUUCACAUAUAUAAACAGAGGCUAUGUAAGAAUGUUGUAUAUUUUAACAUAAAUCCAUUUAGAGAGAUUAUCUAGUUUCAUUAAUUUUCAUAGUGCCUUCCUCACAUGUCAGCUGAAAGUCUGCAAUAAACAAUAUUUGUUGUAUGUUCA